AUGGUUGGGUGUGGUGUGCUGGAUGCUACCACCGUCUCCACUGCCGAGCCUAUGAUAUUCUGCGUCUGGCCAAUGUGGGAGGGCCAACGGGAGAAAGAAGGGCGAGGAGUGCACAAGGAGCAGGUGACCCGCCGCGGGACGCACGAGGAUGUCAUCGUCGAGCUACCGAGGUGCAGCUUUCGGCUUGAGAUCGUGCCGAACGGAGAGGAAACGAGAAGCAGGGCUAUACGAUAUGUUCCUACCGGUAUUAUGUAUUGGUAA